AAACAGGUGGAACAUAUAUUUCGUCUUAAAAAUAAAGUCAAAAACAAUUACUGUUCGACCUCCUUAAGAAUAAUAAUAUUCAAUCUAACUGACUGACCACCAUCUCUCUUUCUCUCUCUCUCUCUCUCUCUGCUGCAACUAUUUCAUCUCCCACCACAAGCUUCCAAACAAAGAGAAUUAAUGGAAAGUGAGAUUUGCAAGGUUUAUUCUCCUCGUAGUUUUCUGAUAUGUCUACGAUGAAACAUCCAACAAAAACCCUUAUCUGGUUAAUGGGUAUCUCUCUCUUUUUCAAUUCCACAAUUCCAAAACAUUCUCAUGGCUCCAACACCACAUGUUACUACCACUUUCAAAUAUAAAACCCAUACUCCUCAAUCUUCAACCGAUGGCUUGCCCUGACUCCAACAACAAUCAAAGAAACUGCCGGUUUGGGUUCCUAGCUUCUUGUCGGAUAUGACCAUGGUUCCUGCUCAAAACCUCUCUAAAGAACAAUAUCAUCAAUAUCUUUACGGAGGUUAUGCUGGUUGUGGUGGCGGCGGUGGUGUUUAUAGAGAAAAUUUUGGUCUUAUGAACCGUGUAGAAGGUUAUGAAUAUUGUAGUACUGAAUCUUGCUUAGGAUCUGAUCUAGUGGUUGGUCAGAUGGCUGAUCAAGAUGAAUCAAGAACUAACAGUUUUAACGAAGCUGGGUCGAGCUCUAAGGAUAAUAUUCACGAAGAGAGAGAUGAAGGUUGGCUACAAUUGAGUAUAGGUGGUCACACUCAAACUCAAAGUACGGCCAUCCAUAACAACAACAACAACAACAACAACAACAACAAGCAUGAUGAUCAUGAUCACCAGGUAGACCCAACAGCGAGACGAGAUUCCGGAUUGAUCGAGCUUGAUCUAUUACCUGGUGGCGGUACUUCACAACAAGCAAGGCCAAUAGGCGCCCCUAUGUUUCAUGUGCCUCCAGAAUUUAGAGCUCCUCGUGCGGUUCCGAAUUACCCAAGUGCUGCCACUAGUUUUAGUACAUCUUCGUUGUUUUUUCAGCAUCCGGGAAGUAGUUCAAACUUUCCUCAUCAUGAGAUUAACUGGGCGUUUAGGCCAAUCUCGCAUAAUAUGGGGACUGUUUCUUCCUCUACAUCAUCAUCACCAUCAUAUUCUCCUUUGAUGCCAUUCGGAAACUACUUUCCACGGCCCUUUCAGUACCCGUCUGGAGUCGAUGUUGCCGGGCCAAGCUUAGACUUCAGAGUUAUUGAUCCUCCUCGGAGGCCGCUUUCGGGCAUUUGGUUUAUGCUACAAGCAUCCCAAAAUCAAGUAAAAGAGCCAUUUUUGCCUCAGAUACCAAAGAGUUACCUGAGAAUCAAGGACGGAAGGAUGCAAGUUCGAUUUUUGAUGAAGUAUUUGGUCAAUAAGCUGAGAAUGGAUAGCGAAUCAGAGAUAGAGAUAACAUGUAGAGGGCAACAGCUUCUACCUUUCUUGACGUUGCAGCAUGUAAGAGAUAACAUAUGGAGUACGAGGGACGCAGUGACGACUUUGCUUCCAGACUCCUCAACCACAGAUCAUGUCAUGGUGUUGCACUACGGUAGGAGUGCUUGAAAGAUUUAAAA